AUGACCACAAUCCCCGAGGGUCGGAUAGAGGAGGAAACACUUUUUUCCCACGCUCGAAUAGUCAUUAUCGAAUUCGAUAGAUUAGAAGAAGAAGAAAGGGAAAACAUUUGGUACAGCCAGGAUGAAUACGACACCAUAAAGUCUCGAAAUUCCUUGCUCGUUCGGAUGAUGAAGUCUGGGCAGUUUAUAGAAGGAGAGGAUCAUUCAUUCCGUGGUCUCGAACACAAAUUAAAAGCAGGGUUUCUGCAGAGACGAGCCAAUAAAUUUAAUGCACUGAAUGCUGUUCUUGAAGAACAGGACCGACAAUAUAACAGGAGCGUUAGCGAUCCCGAUAUUAUUGCAAAUGCCUACCGAAGUGUGGUCGACAACGCUCGAGAGACAGCUUGCCUCAUUGCCCUGCGAGACUCUGAGAAAUCGUAUGCAUAUACAUAUAAUGAACUGCAAGCUUCUGCGCCCCUGUCAGAUAUUGCGUUGGACUCCAACAACAAACCGGAAGAUAUAGCAACAGAUGCCGAUACAGUUUGCUCCGACGUGUUGACGCGGAAGAAGAGUAAAUUCCGAUCGUUGUUCAAGGGAUUCAGUCGAAGACUUCUGGAGCACGAUAAAAUGAGCCGCCGAUCUAGCGUCUAA